CUAUGUCCCAGUCACAGAGAUGCGGAAAAUGAACGCGCUAUGACAAUACCUACAUAUAUGAAUAUAUGUGGAAAUAAAGAUUAAGAACCCAUGGGUAUCUAUUAUUUUCUCACGCGUCAAAUAAUUGCGAGUACACCCCAGAUACUCAUGGGUAUUGUCAUUCAAAUAAAUAAUUACGAAAUUGCUAAUGGAUCUACAUUUACCUGGCAGCAUUGUUACCGUCGUAUCCUCAUGACACCGAGUAAAGCGGAGCGGAAAACUUCCAUGGGAAAAGACUGGCACUUAUCAUGCUUCCGGUGCGAAAAAUGCAACAAGACCCUUGAAGCCGGAAAAUAUUUUGAGCAUGGAGGAAAACCCUACUGCGAAAAACCGUGUUACUCAGCUCUUUUUGGUCCUGAAGGAUUUAGAUAUGGAAGCAUCGAUUGUUAUAAGCACUAGUUUUCUUCAUGAAUCUAAUCUGUAAUUCUAUUAUUAUCAAGUUUAAUGUAAAAAUAAUUUUUCAUGUUUGAAAUACAAUAAAUUUUACUUUGAAGUAAAAA